AUGGCAGCUUCUGAGUCUGACUUGGCUCUGCAUGGCGUAAGCCCUCGAGUUGGCUCACAAGAGUCCCUCAGUACUGCACCAGAUCAUGGAAACACGAGCUCGUCAGAUUUAUCUCGAACUCGCUCUCCUUCACCCAGACAUCCAGACUUAAGCGAUGAGGCUGCGAAACUCAGCGACAAACUCAUAAAUGCCAUCAACCACCAAACAGUGCUGGAAGAUACUAUUGCGCAGACUCGUCACGAGUUGGAGACUUCGAGGGCUAAAGUUCAACAGCUUGAAGCAGAAGUCAGAGCGCAGGAGCAGAAAGUGACUGAGGGACUGCUGAUACCAAAAGCAGAUGCGGAUAACGACAAGGCGCAGCUGGUGGCGGAACUCGCGAAUGAGAGGAGGCAGAAGGUCGUUAUUUUACAGGAGAAGAGAGGCAUCGAAAGCGAACUCGAAAACCUUACAGCAUCUCUUUUCGAAGAAGCCAACAAAAUGGUUGCAGCAGCUAACAAGGAGCGGGAUGCGGUUGAAAGAAGGAAUCAGCAGUUACGAGAUCAAGUCAAAGACACAGAAUCUCUCUUAGCGAACCAGCAGGAACAGCUGGCACAGUUGAAACUUGUCAUGCAGCAGAUGGGCCCCCAAGGCAGUAAGGAUGAGGGACCAGAUUCUGCAAGAACAUCGACGGAGCCUUCAUCACCGAGCUCCUACCGCGAGAAGGAUGCUCAAUUCCUUCGUCUGCUGGAGGCCAUGAAUCUCUCCCCUAGGACAACAGAAAUUGGAGGAGAGAUUUCGCCAGCGCCAUCAACGACGUUGACACAUCUUCUUAAACCUGUUUGCCGCACAGAUCUCCCAGCAUACGAAGACUUCCGCCAUCUUCUGCUCCUCGCCCAGAAGUCUCAGCCCGCUUCUCGUGUGACCAGUGGCUCAUAUGCAGGGCUCAGUGUGAUGGGUCUGGGAGGCCUCACAUCGUCUUCAUCUUCUUCACCCUUGCAACCACUUUCAAAUAGCUCCUCUACCUCGCUGAACGCGACCUCCAGCCAAUCUGCCACAACUUCGCCACAACUUCCUGGCUCUUUCUCACCCAACUCCAAUACCGAGAGAGGUCCUACUCCGCUGAAAGAAAUCAAAUUCUACAAACGCCUCCUAGUCGAGGACAUCGAGCCAACCCUAAGACUUGACCUGUCAUCAUCCAUAUCAUGGCUCUCUCGGCGCAGCAUACUCUCAGCCCUCACCGAGAGCGGUCUUAUCGUAGAACCAAUCCCGGAAUCAGGUAUUCGCCUCUAUGGCCGCAUCACCCCAUGCGCGUUGUGCGGCGAAUCACGAAAAGACGACUCCAACCCGCGUACCCACCGCAUGAGAGUCAGCGAAGGUGAAAGCGCCACCAAGUGGGCUCUAUGCAGUCUCUGUCUCGAAAAGGUCCGCGCAACAUGCGAUUUGGUCGGCUAUGUGCGCAUGGUGCGUGACGGCGUCGUGCGAUGCACAGACAAAGAAGAGGAGCAGGAAGCUUGGGAAGAGCUUAUCAGGUUACGGGAGAGACUCUUCUGGGCUAGGAUGGCGGGGGGUGUAGUCCCUAGUUUCAUUGAGCGGAUGAGCGAGAAGGGCUCGCCUUUGGUCCGUUCAUCGAGAGAAGAAGAAGCAGCAGCAGCAGCAGCAGCAGCGGGGUUUGAGCUCACGAAGAUCAGGCAGUCUUCAGCUUCUCGAAAUCUGACGAAUGGCCCGUCGACUCCCACAAACUCAUCUACCCCUGAUUCAGAAAAUACCGAAGCGGCAGCACAGCUCCAAAAGAAUCUAUCAGAUUCCAUCCCCUCCGAUCCCGAGGCCUCGAUGCCAGGGAUCCGUGAUGUGACGCCCAAGACGCCUCCUCGCUUUCCGAUUCGAGAGAAGAGAGGAAAUAGCUGGGGGAGUCUGAAAGUCAGUGUUCCCAAGGCGUUUUCGUCGUUGGGCGAAGAUGUAAAUGUUUUACAUUAG